UAUAAAUAUUUUCUCUUUUUUCUGCAACUGAAAAUUGGACGAGUUAGGAUUGUCAUUUGAUCCAAAUACGGUAAAAUGUACGUGUAAUAACGUCACAAAGCUAAAGCGUGGGUGGUUAUAAGGAUACGUGAUAUACUAUGAAGUAUAAUUGACUAUUUCGGUCAAAGAGAUGCUGAGGAACCGUCAGGUUAAAGAAAUCUUUACUCCUUUUACUCUGAUUAAUCAAAUGCUUUAAAGCAUCUUCAGUGUCCCCUUGACUGCAGCCUCGAUCUGAUAGCAAAGUAUUAAAUCACAUUUUCAGUUUAAUUUUAAAAUUUUUUAUAGAAAUGUAUCAAGUUAUCCUUACUUUCUUUAUUAUUAUUACUUUAAUACGAGGAGAAGAUUAUUAUGAGAUUCUUGGUAUAAACAGAUCAGCUGAUCAGGAUGAAAUCCGAAAGGCUUUUAAGAAGUUAGCUAUCAUUUAUCAUCCUGAUAAAAAUAAUGAUGAUCCAAAUGCUCAUGAUAAGUUUGUUCGAUUAACAACAGCUUAUGAGGUAUUGAAGGAUAAUAAUUUAAGAAAAAAAUAUGAUCUUUAUGGAGAAGAUGGCCUUAAUAAUUCUAAUAAGAAGCAAACCUAUCAUUCAUGGACAUCUCCUUAUUAUUAUGAAAAUAGUUUUAUGUAUGAAGAUGAUCAAUAUGUUAUUAAUUUGGAGGAAAGUGAUUAUUUUGAAAAUAUUAUGAAUUCGGAUUCAAGCUGGUUUGUGAAUUUCUAUUCUCCGAUGUGCAGUCAUUGUCAUUACUUAGCACCAACUUGGAAGGAAAUUGCUAAGUUACUCAAUGGCAUUAUGAAAAUUGCAGCAGUGAAUUGUGAAUAUAACAGGCAACUAUGCCAUCGAGAAGGAGUUCGUGCUUAUCCUACAUUGAUUUGUUAUGGAAAGCGUUCACAGCAUGGAGAGCACUAUACAGAGGAAAAAUCACAAGAAGCCAUUAUGCGAUUUGCAUUAGAUAGACUAAAUAUCCACAUAUCUGAAAUAAAUAAAAUGCAAUGGGAAUUAUUUUUAAACCACGAAAUCAUUACACAAAGACCUGUGCUAAUUUUUAUAUGUGAUGAUCAGCAAAACUGUUUCACUUCUGAUGAAAGGCUUAUAGUAGCAGCUACAUUUGAUAAGCUGAUUGAUGUAAGAUUAUAUAUAUGCGAGGAUCAUUAUGACAUGUAUCGUGAGAAGGUACGCGCGAUCUAUCUGCCAAUGUAUAGCACAUCUUACAAACCAGUGUUCUUUAAUAGUACAUCUGAUAUAAAUACAUUAAUAGAAAAACUCUGGGAACAAUUGCCAAAUCCACAAGAGCUGACGGACAAUGAUUUUGAUAUUAUUAAGAGAACAGAGUUUAAUGCUGCUUGGCUUAUAUGUUUUUAUAUUGGCGACUCGGAAAAUCUGAAAGAUUUAAAUCUGCAAAUGAAAAAAUUUUCAAUUAGUGGUAUUAAUUUAGGUAUAAUACAUUGUGGUAAAAAUGGACAAUUUUGUAAUAAAUUAGGCAUCAAUCGUUAUCCAGUUUGGGGUAUGCUUAAACCAGGUGGAGCAUUUGAAUUGAAUCAUGGAAAAGCUACUAACAAUGAUAUCAUCAAAUUUGUACAGAUUAGUAUAAAAACUACAAAUCUUUGGGCGCUCUCUGCAGAGGAAGCAUUAUCAAUAUUACAAAACAAGGAAAAUGAAGUGUGGUUCUUAGAUUGGUAUUCACCAAGGUGUCCACCUUGUAUACGGUUUUUGUCGGAACUUCGCAGAGCAUCAUUAAAAUUUGAUGCAUCUAUUGUCCGUUUUGGUACUAUUGAUUGCACUGUUCAUACUAUGAUAUGUCAUCAUCACAAUAUACAGCAAUAUCCUACUGCAAUGCUCCUAAAUGGCAGCAAAACAUAUCAAUUUACACUACAAAAAACAGCUGCAAAUAUUAUCCAAUUCAUUAAUGAAAAAAGAAACCCAUCAGUUAUAGAAUUAACAUCGGAAAAUUUUAAUCGUAAACUGGCAAAAAAGAAAAGUAAAAUUAUGUGGAUUGUUGAUUAUUUCGCAUCAUGGUGUGCACCAUGUCAGAGAUUAGCAUCUGAAUGGAUUGCUGUUGCAAAAUCAUUGAGCAGUUUGUCGUUUGUAAAUGUAGCCAGUGUAGAUUGCGAGGCUGAAGCUUCUUUGUGCGCGUCGCAAGGAAUACGCUCUUAUCCUACCAUUAGAAUGUAUCCAUUAGGAAGUGAAGGUUUAAAUACAAUCGCUUUAUAUAAUGGACAACGAGAUUCGUUAUCCAUAUUAACAUGGAUAACAAAAUUCCUUCCAAAGAAAAUCCACGAUUUAAAUCCCUCUGAUUUCCAAAGAAUGUUGGAGUUUAGUAAGUAUAUAUGGAUCGUCGAUUUUUAUUUGCCACAAUGUUGGCACUGUCAAAAAAUGGAACCCGAAUUUGCAAUUGCUGCUCAGUUGUUAGAAAAAGUAAAAUUUGGAAGAAUUAAUUGUAACUUCUACAUGAAUGAAUGUGCACAUAUAAAAGUAUUUCCGACGUUAAUAUUAUAUAAACCGAAGCAGAAGAAGAAAAAUAGACAUGAUAUGGAUAAUAUCAGUAUUGUUGCAACGACAGCUGAGGAAAUCAGGGAUGAAAUUUUGAAGAUUAUUAAUUUUCGUAUAAAACAUGACGAGUUAUAAUAGAUAAAGAAUGUAUACAAUGAUCCACUGCCGCAAUUGUAUGUGCCGUAAAAAUUCGUAUUCCAUUCUUUUAGAAGGAAUGAGGUAUAAAUUAGAUCAAAUAUAUAUCUUUCAUUGUGAUACUUUUACAUAUUUUUAUAUGUAAAACAAUUUUAAGACACACAUACUUAUUUUGCAACUUUCCUUAAACACAUACGAAUAAUAUGUAUAAUAGUUAAUAAA